AUGGAAGAAACACAAAAUCAGGCGGAGAUCCACAGCUUGUCUCCGCUCACCGAUGAAAAACGCUCCAACCAUCAAGACAAAUUUUCCACUUGGUGGUUAGUUGGUCUUACCGGUGCAGUCGUCGGAGUUUAUCUGCUCGUCUACUGGAAUUGGGUGUCAAUGCCACUAGCACUUCGACGAGCGGAUGAACCCACGCAUCCGGACCGUUUCAUAGCAGAAGUGGCCAAGCAAUACCUGUUUGAGAUGAGCAAUGUUGGACCACGGGUGGCUGGCAGCUACACCAACGAAAUUAUCACCGUCCAGUUCUUGCUACGCGUUAUCAAUGAAAUCGCAGCCGAAGCAAACCCGGCUCAUAAAGUUGAGGUGGAGGUUCAGCAGGCCUAUGGUGAUAUGUUUCUAGACUACGAGAAGUACCCACAAACGAGUGUAUAUCAAGGCAUCCAGAAUGUGGUCACUCGUAUAAUACCAUCACAGAGCAAGGAUCCCGAAAACUACCUCAUGCUUAGCUCGCACUUUGACAGCGUCCCGCAGAGCCCUGGAGGCGGGGACGAUGGUACGAUGAGUGUCAUCAUGCUGGAGGUGUUGAGAAAACUGUCGCAAAGUCCACACCCGUACGAUCAUGGUUUAGUGUUUGUGUUUAAUGGAUGUGAGGAGAACACCCUGCAAGGAUCGCAUGCAUUUGUGGCACAUCAUCGCUGGUUUGGGAAGGUGCGUACGUUCAUCAACAUGGAUGUUGCGGCAAACGGAGGGCGUGACAUCAUGUUUCAAGCUGGACCGAAAUAUUCAUUCCUCAUGAAAUAUUAUCGCGAUUUCGUUCCACACCCUUAUUGUACGGCUGUGGCGGAGGAACUGUUCCAGGCCGAUCUGGUUCCGUCGGAAACGGAUUACUACGUGUAUUCGAAGUACGGGAAAAUCCCCGGCAUGGAUUUCGCACACAGCACGUGGGGUUAUCUUUAUCAUACAGCGUACGAUGUGUACACAACCAUACCCAAUACAACGUUACAACAUACCGGUGACAAUGUGCUGGCCCUCGCCAGAGCGUUAGCCAAUGCAGAGGAACUGUACGACAUCCGUGAGCAUGAGGGCUCCAAGGCGGUGUUCUUCGAUUUUCUCAACUGGUUCCUCGUGUACUAUCCAUUGUGGGCCUCGAUCUUACUUAAUAUUGGCCUAUCCGCUAUUGCUUUAUCGGCCAUCAGCCUAUCCUUAUGGUUGAUGUCGCGUAGCACGGAAUUAACAAUUUGGCAGUUGCUACUACAAGGUCUUCGGAGCUUGGGUGUCGUCCUGUUAUCAAUCAUUGUCGGCGUAGGCUUGUCUUUGCUGCUUGCCGUCAUUUUAAAUGCCGUCGAUUCGACAAUGAGUUGGUUCACCCAGACGUGGUUGAUCUUUGGGCUGUACAUUUGUCCAUUCCUAAUUGCAACAUGCACCGGUCCAGUGUUGUAUGUUCAUUUUGUCAAAAAUGAUCAUCUAUCGCUGCUUGCACGUGUCCAAUUGCUACUCAAUGCUACUUGCGUCCUGUACGUGGUGAUACUGAUCGUACUGACUGCUAUGAGUAUCCGCUCGGGCUACCUAUUCACAAUGGCCAUCUUGUUCUAUACCGUUACAACGUUGGUGAAUGCAUCCUUACAGGUGUUCGUCAAACAUGCAUCCAAGUACUGGAUAUAUGUGCAUCUGAUAGGACAAAUUGCACCGAUUGCAUACUUUAGCUCCGUGUCGCUGACGGCGUUCGCCACCUUCAUCCCGAUGCAGGGACGCGGAAAUGCGGAUGCCAAUCCGGAACUACUGAUCGCCCUGUUUGCGGUGCUAGUGGGCUUGCUGGUGACGGGUUUCUUGACCCCGCUGGUUGUGUUAGCACGCAAAGGAUACCUCUUCAUUGCGCUGAUUGGCGUUUUCUUCGUUGUUUCAAUCAUCGUUAUGGUGACCUCUGCCGGAUUUCCAUUUCGAGCCCACACUUCGCCCGAGCGCUUUUAUAUCUACCAUUGUACACGCGAAUUCUAUCACCAGAACGGCACACUUAGACGGCUCGAGGGUGGAUUCUACGUUCACCCGCAGGACCGUUACACAGGGGACCUCAUACGAGAGGUGGCGCUGGAAUUUGAAGCCAACGCUGUACCGUUGGGUGAUCAGUGCGAAAAGGAGCUAUACUGUGGAAUACCAUUCUAUCAAAACACGCAGCACAACCAGCGCGAAAAUGGACUGUGGAUACAAGGCUCCGCAUUUACCCUCCCGGAAACAAUCGACCUGAAGCACGUUGGCAACCAGUACGAUGCCAACCUUAAUACGACUACGUUCUUAUUCACCGUGAAAGGGACGGAUCAUAUGAGCUUUUACGUUUCACCGGUAAGAGGAGUAAAGCUGGUGAACUGGAGCUUCAGUCAGGACAUUCCUCGCAGCGGAUUGUCGUGGAAUGGACAGGAUGUGCAUUACAUUAAUUUCGUUCACGGAAUCGACGAUCGGCCUUACGAGUUUCAUAUUACGGUGCAAGGCUCGGCAAGCAAAGCUUCGGAGGCGGGUUGGAACUUUUACUUGAACGUAGUGGCACAGUACAUGCACCAUGAGCAGUAUCGUACGUCCGAAUUCGGACAAUUUAUCAACCUAUUUCCUCUUUAUGCGCAUGUCGUUGCUUAUCCGGCUCAUCUUAUUAGCAAAAUUUUCUGA